CAAUUGAGCAAGUUCGGAUGUCCAUGCCGUUAAAGGGAUCGUCAACCUCCCCAAUAUGGCCCCCACUUAAACACGGCCGAUAAUUAACAUUCAGAGUACAUCGAACCUCAAAGUCAUAGUUUCCCUCAAAUUUAUUGUAUGUGGUACUACAGAUGUGUCGUGUUAGCGGAUUAAAAAAAUAGACGCAUUAUAUAAUACGUGGAACGUUUAAGGAAUUUUACUAAAUGUCCCUCUUAUUUUGGAAUCCUUUUCCAUUGUUUAGUAUUAAACGUUGCUAUUGGUCCCAACCUUGGCCAAUAAAGAUCACUGUUGUAAAUCCGACUCUGCGUUCCAUGUGGAAACUUGGUACUAGCAGAAGCGAGCUCCAAAAGCAAAACCAUGCUUCGUCGAGAAGUGAGACUGCGGCGGGAGUACUUGUACAGAAAGGCACAAGAAGACAGGCUCCGAACAAUUGAAGAAAAGAAACAGAAGCUGAAGGGUGCUCUCGAUGAAAACUGUCUGCUUCCAACUGAUGUACGCAAAGAUGCAUUGCACCUCCAGAAACUUCUGGAGUAUGAUGAUGAUGGCGCAGAGGGUGUUGGCUCACAUAUGGAUGAUGAAUACAAAUGGGCUGGAGUUGAAGAUCCAAAAGUGAUGGUCACCACUUCUAGAGACCCUAGUUCUAGGCUCAAAAUGUUUGCUAAGGAGGUAAAGUUGAUGUUUCCUGGAGCUCAACGCAUGAACAGGGGAAACCAUGAGAUUGCUACACUGGUGCGAGCCUGCAAAGCCAACAACGUUACUGACCUUGUGAUCAUCCAUGAAACCCGAGGACAGCCAGAUGGCCUAGUGGUAUCCCACCUGCCAUUUGGACCCACAUCUUAUUUCACUCUUUAUAAUGUGGUAAUGAGGCACGAUGUCCCAGACAUAGGCACCAUGUCUGAGGCUAACCCUCAUCUCAUCUUUCACAACUUUACCUCACGGCUUGGCAAGCGGGUAUCCAAUAUCCUCAAGUAUCUUUUUCCAGUGCCAAAAGAUGACAGUAAACGUAUAAUCACAUUUGCCAACCAAGAGGACUUCAUCUCUUUCAGACAUCACACCUACAAGAAAAAAGACCACAAGAAUAUAGAACUGACAGAAGUGGGCCCCAGGUUUGAAAUGAAGUUAUAUAUGAUCAAACUCGGCACCCUGGAAAAUGAGGACACAGCAGAUGUUGAGUGGCGACAUCACGCGUAUAUGCGCACAUCGAAGAAAAGAAGGUUUCUCAGUGUUGAAUAGAUUUACAUCUUCAAUAUAAUCCAACUUUUAUAAAAUGUUAUAUCGAAUAACUUUCAUUAGCACAACCAUUAAAAACUGUACAAUUACAUUAUGUCCACUGUAGAUGUCAGUAUUUGGUAAUAGAUGCGUAGCUAUUCAUGUUUGCUCACAUCUGUUUCAUAUACUAAGGUUUUUUUUUUUUUUAAGUAAUAAAAUGCCUUGCCCAA